ACGCGAAACAGCAUUUUCUAACAAACUGGGUACGUGUGACUGGCGAGUUCUCUGGCAGUCGUCUGAACUUUGCAAGUUCAAGCAAAACAAGGUACCGAAUAAAUAUCUACACAGCAGUCAAACCGACAAUAAUUCUGCGAUCUCCCCGGAACUUUACGAAAAUGGAUAUCUUCUCAAGGACCGCCUUGAAGGCGCAUAACAAUAAACGAUCCUUGCACAACGUAUCGCCUCUAGGCUGGUCCAAUGAACUCGCAAGAGGAGCUCAAACCUGGGCAAAUAAACUGGCCAAGGAAAGUAUUCUGGAACACGAUCAACUAAAGGGGAUUGGCGAAAAUGUGUUCAUGGCCUCAAAGGGUUUCGAUGCAGCAGCAGAAGAGGCCGUAAAAACCUGGUAUUCAGAGGUCGAGCGAUAUGAUUUUAAAAGAGGCGGACAUCAAGCUGGAACAGGUCAUUUUACUCAAGUAAUAUGGAAGGAUUCGAAAGAGCUGGGCAUGGCAAGGGCUAAAAGUUCUGAUGGAAGUGUGUACGUGGUGGCAAGAUACCGUCCAGCUGGAAAUAUGUUAAAUUCCUUCAAUGAUAACGUCGUUCCAAAGGUGUCAACGGAAGAGGAGCAUCAAACGCAAGACAAGAUAUUUCCGAAAGAAAUCGUGACCGAUGUGCAAGAUUCUACCUCAACAAAGUUUUCAGAUUCCUUCAUUGAUGCUGUGUUAAAAGCACACAAUGAACUACGACUCCACCACAACGUACCUUGUCUUAAAUGGUCAUCGGCUUUGUCAAAAGACGCGCAAGCUUGGGCCGAGAAGCUGUCACGAAACGACGAACUGCGUCACGCACGCAAAGAAGAGCGAAAUUUCAAGGGUGAGAAUAUUUGCCGCAUGUCUGACCACUAUGAUGUUGCUGAUGCUGUCAGAAUUUGGUAUUCGGAGGUCAAUAGUUACAAAUAUGACUCACCGGGGUUUAGCCAUGAUACUGGUCACUUCACCCAGAUUGUUUGGCGUGAAACAUCCGAAGUCGGAGUUGGAACCUGUAAGAGUCGAGAUGGAAGACUAACUUACCUUGUAGCCAGGUAUCAUCCGGCGGGGAACGUGUUAAAAAGGUUCAAUGAAAAUGUACUACCGUCAAGUAGUUCAAGUAUAUAAUUACUGAAUGUACAAGGAGUAUCCACCGACAGUUUAAAUCGAAUAAUGUCAAAAAG